AUGGCGACCAGCGACGAGGAGAAGGGCUCCAAAAUAGGGGUCCCCGGAUCUCCAGAGGUUGGCGACCUCGCCGGCGAUUAUGUCGGCGAUAAUGCCGAUGGUCUGCACCGUCGUCUCAAUAACCGUCAGAUCCAACUCGUGGCCAUUGGCGGUUCCAUUGGUACUGCGCUCUUCGUCAGUAUCGGUUCCGGUCUAGCAAAGGGCGGUCCCGGCAGCUUGUUUAUUGCCUUCACGCUCUAUCCUUUGGUCCUCGCUUGUGUGAACAAUUCCGUGGCUGAAAUGACGGUCCUGAUGCCUGUUUCUGGUGGCUUUAUCCGCUUGGCUGGCCACUGGGUUGAUGAUGCCCUUGGUUUCAUGACUGGUUGGAAUUUCUUCAUCUACGAGGCUCUCUUGAUUCCCUUUGAGAUUACCGCCCUGAAUCUUGUCUUGUCCUUCUGGAACGAACAAGUCACAAAACCAGGACCUACUGCUGGCAUCUGUCUUGCCGUCAUUAUUUGCUAUGCUUCAUUAAAUAUUCUCGCCGUUCGUGCCUAUGGAGAGGCCGAGUUUUGGCUUUCCGGAGGCAAGGUCAUUCUCCUCUUUAUGCUCUUCAUGUUUACAUUCGUGACGAUGCUCGGUGGCAACCCGUCCCACGACCGCUACGGGUUCCGAAACUGGAAGGAUCCUGGCGCAUUCGCCGAGUAUCACACUACGGGCGCUUUGGGCCGCUUCGAAGGCUUUCUCGGUGCCCUCUGGAGCGCUGCGUUUGCCGUCGUCGGUCCGGAAUACGUCUCGAUGGUUGCCGCCGAGGCCAAGCGCCCUCGAAUCUACAUCAGAACAGCGUUCAAAACAAUUUACUGGCGAUUUGGUCUCUUCUUCCUUGGGAGUGCCCUGUGUGUCGGCAUUGUUGUGCCCUGGACUGAUCCGACCCUCCAGGCCGUCAUGAGGGGUGAGGCGGACGGCACCAGUGCUGCUGCCUCGCCAUAUGUCAUCGCCAUGAAGAAUAUGGGAAUUGAAGUUCUGCCUCAUAUUGUGAACGCCCUCAUGUUCACGUCCAUCUUCUCCGCCGGAAACACGUACACCUACUGCGCAACUCGAUCUCUUUACGGUCUGGCCCUAGAGGGUCGUGCGCCGGCGUUUCUGCGGAAGUGCUGGAGUAACGGUGUCCCAAUCUACUGCUUCUGCGUGGUUAUGUGCUUUCCUUUUCUCUCCUUCCUUCAGGUCGGCAACGGCUCGAGGAAGGUCGUCGGGUGGCUCGUCGAUCUCAUCACUGCUGGUGGUAUCAUCGAUUACCUGACCAUGUCCGUCACUUUUCUCUUCUACUACCGCGCUUGCAAGGUGCAGGGAAUCGACCGCAGGACGAUGCCAUAUUACGGGAGGUUCCAGCCGUACUGUGCCUACAUUGCUCUCAUCGUGCAAACUCUGGUGGUCAUUUUCUACGGAUACACGGCUUUCGCUCCGUGGAGUGUUGAAAGUUUCUUCAGAAACUACACGAUGCAAAUUCUGGCUCCCAUUCUCUUCUUUGGUUGGAAGAUUAUCAAGCGUACACGCUUCGUCAAGCCGCAUGAGGCUGACUUGUUGUGGGAGCGGCCAACGAUUGAUCGCUACGAGGCCAGCUUUUUGCACGAGCCUGUGGGUUUCUGGACUGAAAUGGGUCGUCUUGUGGGCAUCAACAGAAAGAGGAAACCGCACCAAGGAGAUGAAUAG